UAAACAAGGUUCCAGUAUCCUGGGAGACGAUCUCGAGCAGUCAGUAGAUCGUGAACCUUUGGAGAGUGAGGACGUCGGCGGUCUGGGCAAAAUGACAUUGUUUGUGUUUUAUUCUGUACUUCAUAGUGUACUGUGGGCGUCUUCCUUUGCUGCCGGAUAUGUCGAGAGCGGCGUAUCGACGGGGGACGCGGCGCCCAGGUUCGAGCCCCAGGUAGCCAUGGUGUGUGCCGGACGCAGCCAAUACCACGCCCAGUACAUGACCAAGACGGGCCGAUGGGUCACCGACGCGGACUCCAAGGUCACAUGCCUCAAGGACAAAGUGGACAUCCUCCGCUACUGCAAACAGGUGUAUGCUGACCGGGACAUCACCAACAUAGUGGAGUCAUCUCAUUACUACAAAGUGCCCAAUUUCUGUCGAGUGGGCCACUCAAAGUGCAAAGCUUCAGCAUGGGUGAAACCAUACCGGUGUCUUGAGGGGUCCUUCCAGUCUGAUGCCCUGCUGGUGCCUGAAGGCUGCCUUUUCGACCACAUCCACAACCAGUCCCGGUGCUGGGAGUUUGACCGCUGGAACGUCACUGCUGAUCAUGCUUGUGGAGCUCGCAGAAUGACCCUAAAAUCCUUUGCCAUGCUUCUGCCCUGUGGCAUUGAUGUAUUCUCAGGGGUGGAGUUUGUCUGCUGCCCGAAAAAUUACAAAACUCAUGGAAAAGCUCGUCCCAUGGAGGUAGAGGAGCCAGUGGCCCUACCCCAGAUGGACCGACAUGCCCACCAGUCACUCUCCCCACCCACCCCCACCCCCACACCCAGGGUUCCCACUACUACCACACCUCAGGAGGUUGGCACGAGAGAUGAAUACUUCAGUCGCUUUGACCCCCACGAAGAGCAUGAUGCCUUCCGCCGAGCAGAACAACGGCUUGAAGAACGCCACCGGGAGAAGGUGUCGAAGAUCAUGAAGGAAUGGUCUGAUUUGGAAGAGCGGUACCAGGACCUGCGCGCUAAAGACCCACACAGUGCUGAGGAGUUCAAACAUCGUAUGACCCAACGGUUCCAGCAAACUGUGGAGGCUGUUGAGGCUGAAAAUGAGGCAGAGAGACACCAGUUGACAGCUCUUCAUCAGCAGCGCAUUGUUGCCCACAUCAAUGAAAUGAAGAGGGAAGCAAUGACUUGUUAUACAAGAGCCCUUGCUGAGAGACAACCCAAUACUCACCGUGUUCAAAAGUGUCUGCAGAAGCUGCUCCGUGCUCUCAAUAAGGACCGCCAUCACACUGUUUCUCAUUACAAACACCUCCUCAACUCUGACUAUGAGGCAGCUGAUCGUGAGCGUGACUCCACUUUGCAGCACCUCAGUGACCUAGAGCGCAUGGUCAACCAGUCCCUGAACAUGCUUGCCAGGCACCCAGAUCUAAAUGCCAAGAUUGGACGGCUGAUGAGGGAAUAUUCAGCUGCUCUGCGUAGCAAAUACUCAACUCCACCUGAACUGUCCACACAUGCUCCUCUGCCUCUUCCUAGUGAUGUCCAAAGUGAGGAAGACCACGUGUCUGGUGACAACAGUGAUGAAACUGUGAAUGAAGAAGUGGAUGAGGAGCACAGUGAUGAUGCUAACCAUGAUGAUGAUGAUGAUGAUGAGGGUGAUGAUGCCCCUGGUUUGUCUGAUGAGGAUGAGGAUGAUAAUGAUGAUGAGGGUGAUGAUGAGGAUGAUGAUGAUGAGGAUGAAGAUGAUGAGGACUAUGCAGACUCUGGGGAGACAUACCCUGAAGAGCCUGAAUUCAGUAGCAUGACUCAGGCCAGUCAGAGUCAGGAGUCUGAGAGUGAGUCAGUAAGCCAGGAUCCAGUGGAGCUGGACACCCCCACAGCAGAUUUUGGUCUACGAGCAGCCUCCUCAGCCCUGAAUGCCUCGACCCCCAAUGCCUCUGCUCGGCCAGAGCCCCUUUUGGUGCACCAUGCUGAAGAUGUGCAGGUGGCCCAUGCCCAGCACCACCAGAUCUCCCACUCCCAGGCUAGUUACAGUGUGACGCGGGAGUCCUCAGGGAGUGAGAGUCGUGGUGUGUAUUUCACUUUAGCCUUUGCUGGUGUGGCACUGAUGAUGGCCAUGGUGGUAGGCAUUGUGGUGCUGCGACGCAGAAACAGCACUAAUCCACACAAUCAGGGCUUCAUGGAAGUGGACCAGGCCAUCACUCCUGAAGAGCGGCAUGUGGCCAACAUGCAAGUCAAUGGUUAUGAGAACCCCACCUAUAAAUACUUUGAGGAAAAAUAAGCAGUGCAGGGAGGGGAACAUUUUGUUUCCCAAAUAAACAGAGAGGGGUAGUGGUUCAUCCACUUUCCCAAAAAGAAAUCAGGCAUCUGUAUUUACCUGUCAGGCUGACUGCUAAGACCAGAAAAUCUUUAUACUUAACUCUAAAAGUGAGGUGAGGUGUGACUGGCAUCAGCCAAGAGGGGGGAGUGUUGGAACACCACUUGUGAACAGACUCGUUUAGCUCACAGGCGCUGACCUGACGAUGUGCAUUGUCAUUUCAGAAUCACUAGUUGUCAAUUCAGUAUUUGCUAUAAUAUUAAGGCAGUCACUAACCAACUUGAUAUGUAACUGAUAGAUCUUGGCUAAUAUCAGAGCUCUACUAAUUCAUCUGAAGAAUUGAAUGUGCAAAUUUUGCAGAACCUGUAAUUUUUUAUUUUAGCUUUUGUUUUACAACAGUUUUGAGGCUCAUUAACUUUAUUGCAGUAGGUGAAAUGCAUUGCUUUUAAGCUUUUAAACUAAUUUUUACUUUAACAUUCCAUGGAGUCGGCAAGUCCUGAUUCUGAGAUGCACAGUCGUGUUGUGUGCAACUCAAGCCUUAAGCCAUUGGAUUUUUUUAGCUAAUAUACUACCAUUAUCCAGCUGGGAUUUUCAACAUACUGGGAUAGUUCAACGUAGCAUGAUUUUAAUGCUCUGGUUAAUUUGCUCAGAAAUGAACAUUAAAACAUGUUAAAAUUGAACCAGCUAAGGAUGUUGAUUCCUGGGUACACAUGGUAGUGUUGUCCUGUACUUCACUGUAAAUUAUGUAGUGUCGAAAAUACGAUGAUUUAUUACCAUAGCAAAAAAUAGGUUUUACCAUCAUUAUUUCAAAUUUGCUUUAUUGUGGGUAAUAACAAAAUGAGGUAAAUACAGCAGAAAGUCUGAAUGUUGGAGGUGCUCUGUGGAGUCUCUUGUGCAUGUUGCCUCCAUCAGCCUGUGUGUUGGUUAUGCCCCCAUACACUUAUCCUCCUGAAAGUUAAAUUAGUUACUUGAUUUAACUGGUUGGCAGCUUUUACAAGAAAAAAAAAAAAAAUGAGAGGCAGUGUUGUAUCCAUGCUUGGGGUAAGUCAUAUCACCUGGCUGAGUGGUAGAGAGGCUGGCUUGAGCACCUGCAGGAGUUCAGAGGUUCCAGGCAGUUACUGGAAACGGGUUGGUGUUGUGAGGCUGGGUCAUUCCUCUCAACCCAGCACCAAGGUCUAAGUGGCCUCACGACACAUUAUAAUUAUGCUGCCAGCUGCCAUUUUUCUCAUUAAUUCGUAGGAUAUAUUAUAUUUUUGUCAUUUCCAUCUCAGAAAGGUGCAGUUAGAUACUUUUGUUUUUAUCAUGUCCAAAGUAGAUUUCUAGGUCUAAGCUUUUUUUACUUAUACAUAAAUAUAUAUACAUAUAUAUAAAUAUAUUUUUGAUCUAUUGUUUUAGUUUUAAAUAUGGUUAAUCAACAACAAGCUCCACUACAUUAGAAAGUCACAAAUUAUUUGGUGUAGAUUUAUGUUUUGAUUUGCAUUGUGUUUUAAGAAAGUGCAGUAAUACUUACUUCUCAAUAAUUUUAAUAUUUGUAAAGGUAAAUAUCAUAGUGCACUAAUAUCAUGUGAACUAACUCAUGGAGUAUGAAAAUAUGACCAAAAGUGGGAUUUUCUCUCACUUAAGAUAAAUCUAUGUCGUUAUUGGUGGUGAGCAAAUAACCGACCAUAGUCCAGUACUCCUCUCCCCAUGUGUGUGCGUACGAUGUAAGUGUCACUGUACGUGCACAGCUAAGUGUUGCCGCUUGCCUUCAGUAAGCUGUUGUGUGGAAGUAAUAAACAUGGAUUCCUCUACACACCUUCUGCUCAUAUACUUUUACAUGUAUGUUGAGUCUUAGCAUGACCUGAAGGAUAAGAAUGUGGAUAUCAGUUUCAACAGGUAUUAUAAUGCAAGUUAGAGGUCCAUCACAUAGGACUGAUGAGCCAUGCUGUAUGACUGCCACAAAUAACAUAACUCAACUUCUGUCUAUAAAAUUAAAAAUCUUCAAACCUAAUGCGAGUCACCCUGAUUACUUUGAAUCGAGCCAUUCCUUUUUGUGAUAACCAAAGUAUAUCAAGAAUCCUGCAUCAUUCCUUAUGUUUCCAAAUUAUCUGUUCUCUGGUAUAUAUUGCUAUAGUUUGUUGUUUGAUUAUUAUAGGAGCAGUACAUAAGAGCUAGCUAAACUUACCCCACCACUCAAGAGCAUAUAAACCUUUAGAUAUAUAUUGAGCAUGUACAUAAUGAGUGGCACAGGGGUUUUGUGUCAUAUAUGAUAGAGCUGUAUCAUUUUAUACUAUAUGACUUUCUGUAGUUCAUGUUUCUCAUCAUGGCGCAUGGAUUUCCCCUCCACCAGCUUUAUGAGUUAACUAAUGCUUUCCUUUUAGUUGCAUGUUCAUUUUAUUUCUCUUUACCAGUUCAGUGUACUUAAAAGGCAUUUUGAAAAAAACUGAUAAAUAUUUUUCCAUCCUGUUAAAACUGACAGCUCCUUUCUCAAGAUAUCAUUAAACUAAUAAUUUAAUGCAAUUUUAUUUAUCCAGUUUAUUUAUUUUUUAUUUUGCCAAAGAGAAAUCAUCAUUGUAGGAAUUACUUUAGCUAGACAGUAAAAUGGAGUCACAAUUUAGAUACUAGAAAGUACUGACAUUAACUGUGAAUUAUUUAAAAAGGAAAAGUGCUUCUUCUUUGUGGAAGUCAAAUGUGCAAAUGCCAGAGAGUAGUCCACCUGCAUCUCUUGAGUGGCCGGCCACAUCACAUUUAAGGAGGAAGAGGAGUGUUAAAGUCAUUUAGUUUUAGCUGUUGUUUCCCAAUUAUUUAUAUAUACAUAUAUAUUUUGAGAGCUGGUGACAUGAAAAGCAGCAGCUCAACCCAGAACAAAAUUAUAAAAAAUAUCUAUUGAUUCUGAAGUAUAGUAGAUGUUAGUUAUCCUUCUCCUCCUCUCUUACUGUGGAAUGUGUCAUUAGUGUUCUCUAACCACUGUAGCUUAAGUCUGUACAUGUCUCACACACUAGCAGGUUAAGUGACCUCCCAAGCAUCUCACCUCCCAUGUCAUCUGAUCAGUAAAGAUUUCAUGAAAUGUUGAUGAAUUAGCAUUUACUCCUUAAGAAAGAAAAAUGGUAAUGUAUCAUGGGAGUUGGGAUUCAACUUGAUCUGAAUAAAUGUACCAAAAAAAUAGAAA